UUACAGUUCCACAGCUACUGGACUAACUGCUCAACAGUGUAAUCAAGUGUUAUCUUCGGAAUUUUUACAAUAUUUAAACGAGGACAAAAAGAAGAAUUAAUUUUACUCAUCAACUUCUCUUAAAAACACAAAUCUUAACAAAAUGUGGCGUAAACAAUUAAUAAAAUCUUAUUGCACUAUGGGAGGUUCUCAACAGACCACUAGAACAGCCGCAAAACCUCCACAUAUACCGGUAUUGUGUCAAGAAGCCAUUAGCUAUUUAAAACCUUUAGCACAGCAAACAUUUAUUGAUAUGACAUUUGGUGCUGGCGGCCAUACUAGUCAACUUUUGGAACAACAUCAAGAUAUUAAAGUGUUUGCCUUAGAUCGUGAUCCGGUAGCUUAUGAAUUGGCUAAAAGUAUGAGUUCUAAAUAUCAAGGUAGAUUAAUACCUUUACUGGGAAAAUUCUCUGACCUACCACGUCUACUUAAAGAUCAUCAAGUGGGACGUCAUAGUAUAGAUGGUAUUCUCUUCGAUUUUAGAUGUUCCUCUAUGCAAUUUGAUGAAGCUGAUAGAGGUUUUUCUAUAUCGAAAAAUGGUCCCUUAGAUAUGCGCAUGGAUCGUGGUUUUAACAAUAAUACCGAACAAAUAACAGCAGCUGAUGUUUUAGCUCGUGCAGAGGAAGUAGAUUUGGUGAAAAUUCUAAGAGUUUAUGGUGAAGAAAAAGCAGCUAAAAAAAUUGCCCGAGCUAUUGUGGAGGCACGCGCUGCUUUCUAUAAAAUAGAAACUACCAAACAGUUGGCAGAUCUGGUGGCUUCUUGUUUAAGUGAUACACCCUUUAGAAUGGAUAAAAUGCAACGUCCCACCCAUGUGGCCACAAAAACUUUUCAAGCUUUACGUAUUUUCGUUAAUAACGAAUUAAACGAAAUCAAUUAUGGCAUGAUCUUGGCAAAUGAAUAUCUAAAACCGGAAGGACGUUUAGUAGCCAUUACUUUUCACUCUCUAGAAGAUACCAUAGUUAAACGUCAUCUUAAUGGCAAUGUCAUAGAAGGUUUAGCCAAUCCGGUACCUUUGAAAUAUUGUGGUCAUGAUGUAACACACGAUAAAGAGUUGGUGGAAUCAUUUGUAUCUAGUAAAUGGAAACAAUUGCAUAAACAUGUAAUUGUACCAGAGGAUGAGGAAAUAAUGCGUAACAGUCGUAGUCGUUCGGCUAAAUUGAGAGCUGCCAUUAAAUUGAAAUAGUUAUUGCAGGAAAUGCUUCUUUGUUUGGGAUUUUUACUUUAUUAUAUAAAGUUUUUGUUGUAGUUUUAAGUUACAUUUUGUUUAGAUAUACAAAAAAAAAAGAAAAUUUGUAAAUGAUGAAAUAAAAUAAAGUAAUGAAAUCGUUUAAUGAA